CGUGUGUGUAUUCGGGAUGCCGCUUCGGCCACACAUCUUGGCCUGUCGUCAAGAGUGAUAACCACGAAACAGAAAAGGUUUAAAGGAAGUGAUGCUGUGCAGCUAAAUUUACAUCCAUAUACCAGGACCGGUAGCACCCAGCCAGCGGGUGUCCCCUUCCCAGGCCAGGCCGCAAGACAAGACAGCGCCGUAAUGGAGAACCAGGGCGAGACUAGGAAGUUGAACGGGAGCUGCUUGCUCUCCCACGCAACUGUGGAUCCGCAGCCGGCCAAAGAAAGUAUGCAGAUGAAGAAGGAGAUCUCUCUGCUCAACGGCGUCAGCCUCAUCGUGGGCAACAUGAUCGGCUCCGGCAUCUUCGUGUCUCCGAAGGGCGUGCUCCUCUACAGCGCCUCCUAUGGACUGUCACUGGUCAUCUGGGCCAUUGGCGGAUUAUUUUCAGUGGUCGGCGCUCUGUGCUAUGCGGAGCUGGGCACCACCAUCACAAAGUCCGGGGCCAGCUACGCCUAUAUCCUGGAGUCCUUCGGUCCGUUCAUUGCCUUCAUACGCCUGUGGACGUCACUGCUCAUCAUUGAGCCGACCAGCCAGGCCGUCAUCGCCAUAACGUUUGCCAACUACCUGGUGCAGCCGCUCUUCCCCACUUGCGAGCCGCCCUACUCGGCGGCGCGCCUCAUUGCGGCUGCCUGCAUAUGUUUGCUGACAUUCAUUAAUUCAGCCUAUGUGAAGUGGGGAACCAGGGUGCAGGACGUCUUCACAUACGCCAAAGUUCUCGCCCUCAUCGUCAUCAUCAUUACAGGCAUAGUGAAACUGUGCCAAGGAUACACUAUGAACUUUGAGGCGUCGUUCCAGGGUUCUUCUACAGACCCAGGAGACAUUGCCCUGGCCCUGUACUCGGCCCUGUUCUCCUACUCAGGCUGGGACACGCUAAACUUUGUUACCGAGGAGAUCAAGAACCCAGAGAGGAACCUGCCUCUGUCCAUUGCCAUCUCCAUGCCCAUUGUCACAAUAAUUUACAUCCUGACUAAUGUGGCUUACUACUCCGUUCUGGACAUGAGUGCCAUCCUUGACAGCGAUGCCGUGGCUGUGACGUUUGCAGACCACACUCUGGGAGUGAUGAGUUGGACCAUCCCCCUCGCCGUAGCUCUGUCCUGUUACGGAGGGCUCAACGCGUCUAUCAUCGCUGCGUCCCGGCUGUUCUUUGUGGGAGCACGUGAAGGUCACCUCCCGGACGCCUUAUCAAUGAUUCACGUGGAGCGGUAUACCCCGGUUCCCGCCCUGCUCUUCAAUUGUGCUAUGGCCCUAGUCUACCUUACUGUGGAGGAUGUCUUCCAGCUGAUCAACUACUACAGUUUCAGCUACUGGUUCUUCAUGGGUCUGUCUAUUGCCGGGCAGAUAUACCUACGCUGGAAGGAACCAGACAGACCCAGACCACUGAAGCUGACCCUGUUGUACCCCAUCAUCUUCUGUUGCUGCACUUUGUUCCUAGUGGCUGUGCCAUUGUACAGUGACACCAUCAACUCUCUCAUUGGCAUCGCCAUUGCCCUCUCUGGGGUACCAGUUUAUUUCCUGGGCAUCCAUCUGCCUGAAUCCAAACGGCCCCCUUACAUUACCAAGUUUCUACGUUCUUUUACACGCUUCACCCAGCUCACCUGUUUCUGCGUGCUCACAGAGAUGGACACCAGCGAUUAAAACACAACCCACCCCCAUAACCACAUACAUUCCUCACCAUGUUACCCAAGGCUUUUUUCACAGACACAAGGGAUCAGGAAAUGUACCUGUGGCAGAAAAAAGGGAUUAUUUCAACACAUUUUACACAACAGUCUACACCAUCUGUAUAUUUUACGAGUCGGGAAAUAUGUGCACGAACUGACACUUACUGAGAUGUUAGUCCGGACUGUAACUUCUGCCUGAUGGUUUAUGUGAAGCUAAGAAUUUGGCAAGGACAGACAAUGAAUCCAAGGUCAACAGACCAGCGACCUUGUCAUCAGACUUGUUGUUCAACAGAGUUCAGAGUGAUAGACCACAUUAUCUGGUCAGUUUCUAGUGUCGUCACCCUCCCACAUCUGCUGACUGAUCUACUUUACUAGACUAGUUUAUGUGCAGAGGGGAAGAAAGCCGCAUCAGGGAAGUUUGAAGUGGCCUUUCUCAAGGGCAUGGGAUCCAUUUAAAGUGGAACUACUGCUCUUCAGCGUUGGGUUCAUUUAAACCUAGAUGUUGGACAACACAUUGUUCUAUUAUUACAAAUGGUAUUAUUUAUACACUUACAUUUGCUGCCUUGUUAAUAUGCAGUGCCUGUCAGUGAUAUGGCACCAUUAGGUCUGUUUCCCAAAGGGACAAACAGGUUUUUAUUGUUAAAUUUUAUGUGAGGCGAACGUCUGUGUCCAUUGGAGUUUAUGGAUGAUUGUUUAUUGGUUAUGGUUUAUUGGAAAAAGGGGAACAAGACUGUCUGCUGUUGUGUGAUUUUUCAAUGUAGCGGUCUUCUCAUCCUUAUUAACGGUGUUACUUCAGUUCAACAAUGUUCAUUUCCCAAUCAUUUGCAGAUUGAAAGAUAAUUUAGCAUCAUCUAUACAGUCUGAUGUAACAGUAUUCAUCCAAACAUGCCUUUUCUUUAACGGGGCCGGACCUCAAAUGUCUGUCAUAACAGUAUAACCCUAAAACCCAAUCAAACCCACGGAGAGGAUUUUUAUGUAUUGUGCGGUCAGGGAAAUUUGCAAUAGCCAGUUAAAUGCUGUCAUCUCUGCAAUGGCAAAUUAUCCUCUAAAAGCCAUUUUGUCACAGAUGAGGCCGUAACAGUACAGGUUAAGUAUGGACCUACUGAGGCAGCAACCACUACACAAAUGUUUACUUUAUUGUACCGUGCAAAGGAUCUCCUGGGCCAGCCUUACAUGAAGCCAGAAUAAGGACAUACACAGUAAAUAAGAAAGAUGCUGUAACUUCUAAUUCUAGCUCCAUGAAAUGCCCAAUAGAAAUGUGGCUAUUAAAAUUAAUUUAUUGUAUAGAUUUAUCAAUAAAAAUGUUUAAAACAG